CUGUCUCCUUUGAGAAAGUAGAGAAGGUGGGACCACUGGCAGAUUCUUUAGAACCCCUAGCUCUCUGUUUUUUACCAUCGAAGCAAACUUUUUAGAUGCAAUAACAAAAGUAUAUCUUGUUUUGCUGCAGCAUCUCCAUUUAUUUCAAUACUUUGGAUGGCAGCUGAUGGCAGAGCCACUAUCCCUUUGCGUCAGAAGACGAGGAAGAAAAAUCAAGGUGUUUACAGCAUGAGUCGCCGAAGGAUCUCAUGUAAGGAUCUCGGACUGGCUGAUUGUCAGGGAUGGCUGUAUAAAAAAAAGGAAAAAGGAGGCUUUAUUGGCAACAAAUGGAAAAAGUUUUGGUGUGUCCUGAAGGCUUCAUCAUUAUAUUGGUACAGCAAUCAACUGGCAGAGAAAGCAGAAGGCUUCCUCAACCUUCCAAACUUCACAGUGGAUCAAGCAACAGAAUGCAAGAAAAAACAUGCGAUGAAGAUCACACAUCCACAGAUCAAGACAUUCUAUUUUGCAGCAGAAAAUGUGCAGGAAAUGAAUAUAUGGCUAAAUAAAUUAGGCGUGGCAGUCCUAGACAAACAGGCUAAUAAAAAGAAUGAAGAAGAAUGCUAUAGUGAAAGUGAGCAUGAAGAUCCAGAAAUAAAUGCAGAGACACCACCCCCUCCAUAUUCAGAUCAGUUGCUGCUGUCUGAUUUGGCCCGACAAGAGCUUUCCUCAGCAUCACAUCUUUUAAAUGAAGUACCACAUUCCUUAUCUUCCCCAGAAAGCAGUUCAAUGAAAACCCAAGGCUCGUCUUCCUCAUUGUGCAACCUGUUGCAGUCGGAGAGGCAGUCAUGGCUUGACUUAAUUAGCAGCUCUUCUGCUCAAGGAGAAGUGGACAAUCAACCUCCAGCUGCUUGUGGUAACUCUGCAAUUACUGAUUGCCAGUUGACAGACUAUAAUGAAACAGUGGAAAGUUUCAGAUCUGAGGAAAACAUUCAGAAUACAGCGAAUGAAGACAGAUCUUCAUUAGACAAUGCAGAUAAUAACUUAGCUGUACCUGGAAAAAUAGCAUCAGCAGCUGUAAGUAAAGAUCGUAUCAAAUCUUCUGUGGAUGAAAUGGAGAAACUGUACAAGUCUUUAGAGCAAGCAAGUUUAUCUCCCAUUGGGGACCGGCGACCUUCUACUAAGAAAGAGUUGAGAAAGUCCUUUAUCAAAAGGAGUAAAAACCCUUCUGUAAAUGAGAAACUUCAUAAAAUCCGAGCUCUGAAUAGUACCUUAAAGUGCAAAGAACAUGACUUGGCCAUGAUAAACCAGCUGCUGGAGGAUCAUCAGCUAACAGCAAACAAGUAUAGAGAGUGGAAGAAUACAAACUCCAUUUUGAUUCAAGAUAUCUACCAGCCACCAGCCGGUCUGACUACAACUGAAGGAGAGAACACAGAAUCAGAAAUGACCACACAGUCAUCUUGCAUUGGAUGAUUAGUAUUCAAUGGAAAUACUAUUUGAAGACAGUGAAUUUUCCAUCACUGAUCUCUUCAGUCAUUCAGUUUAAACUGCCACAUCUUCAGGUUUUGCUUCCAUUGGUACUGGUACUUUUUGUACUGGAACAGAGCAGCCUUGGAUUAACCAAUAAGCAAGAUAAGCACAUGCUUAGGGUACCAAGGAAGGGGGGCACAGUAGAGUUUUUUCUCCUAGUGAUCAUGCCUUUAAUUUGUUCACUGCCACACUCAACUUUAGUUUUCAGCACUUACUGAGUCUUAAUAUAUUGUCAAUUAAGCAAUGGAAAAGUUGAGGAGCAGCAUUGGGUUUAGAUCAGGGAUGUCAAACCGCCGGCCCACGGGCCGGAUAUGUCAUGCCAAAACUGUACCCACCCCAUUGCUGGCAAUGGAGAAAAUGUCACAAUACGUUGCAACACAUCAUAUGACGUUGCGAGUUUGACACCCCUAAUUUAGAGCAUCAACUGACCUUAAUUUGGCCCUGGAACACAGAGUUUGUUGCCCAGAGCAUGACUUUUCCUUUCCAUUUUCCAUGAAGAUAGGAAAAAUCUCCUCUAAUGAUCACAUCACGAUGCAACUCUUGUUACAGUUCUAAGAAGAACAUUUAUCUGGUGGGUGAGAAUUGGGAUUCUGUUUUGUAAAAUCAGUCAACUUUGCUAUAAGUAUAAUAUUUUAGGAAAUACAUUUCUUGGUUUUCUGAAUGUAGGGUAUAUACACAAGAAGACGGGUCAUUUUAAAUUUGGUUGAGAGAGUAGCAGAACAUUUUAGGCUGGAAAAAAACUACCAGGGUACGAAUUAUACAAAAUGCACAAUUUUGCCACAGCUUAUCAAUGCUUUAAUUGUUUCUGCUGACGGACUGUUUUUAGUCACAGAAGAAAUAAAUAAAAGAAGGUUGGUGUUUGUAUUCUGUAUAGCCUUCUCAUGAUCUAUUCAAAGGAUACAGUUUCAGUCAUAAUAUCUUCAGGUUUAUGAAAAAAUCCAUUUAUCAUAUCAGCGAAAUUGUAUUUGAACUGUUUUUUAUGAGCAAAUAAAUUCAUUGGCCAAAA